CUGACCUCUGUCCUGUGACUUCCUGAUCCUCCUCCUUUGAUAAACAUAAAGACAGGCCAGCAAAUCAAGGAGAUCAAAAUUUAUUUCUCAGAACAACUCUGCCUGCCCAGAGGAAAGAUGAAGGUCUCUGCAGCUGCCCUCUCCUUCCUCAUUCUUGGUGCUGCCCUUGGAUCCCAGGCCCAGGUCGUACCCGAUCCAGAAAYAAGAGAACUCUUGGAGAGAGAGCAUACGUUUCAACCUCCACUAGUUAAUAAAGUCUUUAACUCUCCUGCUGACUGCUGCUUCUCAUAUAUUACACGAAGUAUCCGGUGUACAGUCAUGAAAACUUAUUAUACAACGAGCAGUGGGUGCUCUCAGCCAGSUGUCAUCUUUAUCACCAACAAGGGGCAACACGUCUGUGCCAACCCCGAUGAUCCAUCAGUUCAAGAGUGCAUGAAAAAACUGAAGCACAAUCCAUCAUCCUAGGAUCCAAGAAUUAUGAACCUUGCAUAAGAAGAAAGAACAGGAUGGCCAGCCAUCCCACCCCCCAAUUCUCUUGCCCGAGUACCUCCUAURAAUUUUUUAGCCCAAACUAUUUUUUAAAGAAAUUUGCUGUUCUGUUCUGGUUAGA